AUGGAUAUAGCAACAGGUCCCGAGUCGCUGGAGAGGUGCUUCCCUCGCGGGCAGACGGACUGCGCCAAGAUGUUGGACGGCAUCAAGAUGGAGGAGCACGCCUUGCGCCCCGGGCCCGCCACUCUGGGGGUGCUGCUGGGCUCCGACUGCCCGCAUCCCGCCGUCUGCGAGGGCUGCCAGCGGCCCAUCUCCGACCGCUUCCUGAUGCGAGUCAACGAGUCGUCCUGGCACGAGGAGUGUUUGCAGUGCGCGGCGUGUCAGCAAGCCCUCACCACCAGCUGCUACUUCCGGGAUCGGAAACUGUACUGCAAACAAGACUACCAACAGCUCUUCGCAGCCAAGUGCAGCGGCUGCAUGGAGAAGAUCGCCCCCACCGAGUUUGUGAUGCGGGCGCUGGAGUGCGUGUACCACCUGGGCUGCUUCUGCUGCUGCGUGUGUGAGCGGCAGCUCCGCAAGGGCGACGAGUUUGUGCUCAAGGAGGGCCAGCUGCUGUGCAAGGGCGACUACGAGAAGGAGAAGGACCUGCUCAGCUCCGUGAGCCCCGACGAGUCCGACUCCGUGAAGAGUGAGGACGAGGACGGGGACAUGAAGCCGGCCAAGGGGCAAGGCAGCCAGAGCAAGGGCAGCGGGGAUGAUGGGAAGGACCCGCGGAGGCCCAAGCGACCCCGGACCAUCCUCACCACGCAGCAGCGAAGAGCCUUCAAGGCCUCCUUCGAGGUUUCCUCCAAGCCCUGCCGGAAGGUCCGGGAGACGCUGGCGGCUGAGACGGGCCUCAGUGUGCGCGUGGUCCAGGUCUGGUUUCAGAACCAAAGAGCAAAGAUGAAGAAGCUGGCCCGGCGACACCAGCAGCAGCAGGAACAGCAGAACUCCCAGCGGCUGGGCCAGGAGGUCCUGUCCAGCCGCAUGGAGGGCAUGAUGGCCUCCUACACGCCGCUGGCCCCACCGCAGCAGCAGAUCGUGGCCAUGGAGCAGAGCCCCUACGGCAGCAGCGACCCCUUCCAGCAGGGCCUCACGCCGCCCCAAAUGCCAGGGAACGACUCCAUCUUCCACGACAUCGACAGCGAUACCUCCUUAACCAGCCUCAGUGACUGCUUCCUCGGGUCCUCGGACGUGGGCUCGCUGCAGGCCCGCGUGGGGAACCCCAUCGACCGGCUCUACUCCAUGCAGAGUUCCUACUUCGCCUCCUGAGAGCCAGCCGGGCACGGACGCUUGGGCACUGGGCCUGGGGCGGGACUGCAGCCCCAGUGGCCGGCCUGGCCACCCCACCCCGCCACCCGCACAGAC